AUGCAUAUAAUUUUACUCGUUUUAAUAAUCACUGGGACAGUCGAUGGGCGAAAAGUUCAACAUUUUGGUGGUGUUGGAAAUGGUCGAGCAGCAGAUGGAGGUUUUGGAAGUGCAAGAACCGGCACGGGAAGCAAUAUAGGCAUCGGGGGAGGAGCCAAAAUUGGUGAAGGAGGCAGCAUAAGUGUCGGUGGAGGAGGAAAUGUAGGUGAUGGUGUAGGAGUUGGUGAUAGUGCAAGUGGAGGAGGUAAUGUAGGUGGUGGUGUUGGAGGAGGUGGAAGUGUUGGCAUAGGUGGAAGAGAUAACAUGGGUGGUGGUGUUGUUGGAGGUGGAAAUGUUGGUGCAAGUGGAGGUGGAGGAGGUAGCAUAGGUGGUGGUGUAGGAGGUGGUAUUGGUGGAGGUGGAGGUGGAAGCGGUAAUGUUGGAGGAGGAGGCAACAUAGGUGGUGGUGCGGGAGGAGGUGAAAAUGUCGGAGUAGGUGGAAGAGGUAGCAUAGGUGCUGGUAUAGGUGUUGGUGGUGGUACUAGUGGAGGAGGUAAUGUAGGUGGUGGUGUUGGAGGAGGUGGAAGUGUUGCCGUAGGUGGAGGAGGUAACACAGUUGGUGGUGCCGCUGGAGGUGGAAAUGUUGGUGCAGGUGGAAGAUGUAACAUACGUGGCGGUGGUGUUGGAGGUGGAAGCGGUAAUGUUGGGGGAGGAAGCAACAUUGGUGGUGGGGCAGGAGGAGGUGGAAAUGUUGGUGUAGGUGGAGGGGGUGGUGUAGGUGUUGGUGGUAGUGCAAGUGGAAGAGGUAAUGUAGGUGGUGGUGUUGGAGGAGGUAACACAAGUGGUAGUGGUGCCGGAGGUGGAAAUGUUGCUGCAGGUGGAAGAGGUAACAUAGGUGGUGGUGGUGUUGGAGGUGGAAGCGGUAAUGUCGAGGGAGGAGGCAACAUUGGUGCUGGUGCAGCAGGAGGUGGAAAUGUUGGUGUAGGUGGAGGAGGUAGUAUAGAUGGUGGUGCCGCUGGAGCUGGAAAUGUUGGUGCAGGUGCAAGAGGUAACAUAGGUGUCGGUGUCGGGGGUGGUGUUAUUGGAGGUGGAAGUGGUAAUGUAAGGGGAGGGGGCAACAUAGGUGGUGGUGCAAGAGGGGGUGGAAAUGUUGGUGUAGGUGGAGGAGGUGGUGUAGGUGUUAGUGGUAGUGCAAGUGGAGGAGGUAAUGUAGUUGGUGAUUUUGGAGGAGGUGAAAGAGGAAACAUAGGUGGUGGUGCUACUGGAGGUGGAAAUGUUGGUGCAGGUGGAAGAGGUGGCAUAAAUGGUGGUGCAGGAGGUAGUGUUGGUGGAGGUGCAGGUGGAAGCGGUAAUGUUGGGGGAGGAGGCAACACAGGUGAUGGUGCAGGAGGAGGUGGAAAUGUUGGAGUAGGUGGAGGAGGUAAUAUAGGUACUGAUGUAAGAAGUGGUGUAGGUGUUGGUGGUGAUGCUAGCGGAGGUGGUAAUGUAGGCGGUGCUGUUGGAGGAAGUGAAAGCAUUAGUGCAAGUGAAGGAGAUAACAUAAGUAAUGGAACAAGUGGAGGUGGAAAUGUUGAUACAAGUGGAAGCAGUAGCAGCAAUGGUGGUGUUGAUGAUGGUGGAAGUAAGUAG